AGUCCUUGUUUCAGUACCUCGGACACCACGACGAUGGAUAGGUGCCUCUGACCGAGAGGCUCACCGCUUCUUUCACUUAUAACCGACCGUAGACCCUAGUUGUCCAAUAACGGUAGGAAGUGCGAAGCACAAGUUUCGACGGUUUUAAGCUAGUGUGAAAGAAACAAAAGUGCUCUUGUGGAUUGAAAUCUUUAACCGGAUGUUGUAGGCUGGCCCAACGCAAACGAAACAGACUGAUAAGACUGGUCAGUGUUUUUUAUGUACGAAGAAAUUGUACAAUUUGAUGCGAUAAACAGUGAGUGUAAUCGACAGCGGCAAGAAUUUAAUUAGAAACGUGUAACUGCGAGGAACACAACACACAAAAACAAACCAAAGACAACCGACAGAAAAAAUGGAACACUUGUCUAUCCUGACAGCCGGCUGGAGUUACAUUCCGGCCGGGCUGACGUUUGGCUACCUGCUGAUGCUUCCGAUCCCACCCGACAAUGCCACCUUCGCCAGUGUGUACCGAGAGACCAUGUACUGGCCGUACAUCGUAGCCAUCAUCACGCUGAUCAUCUCGGUGGCGCUAACUAACGGGCUUAAGCUCAACUAUCGCAAGUGUCAGUUCGUGCACCUGUACGUGCAGUUGGCGGCGAUGGUGUUCUAUCUGGGAGCCGGGUUGAUCUUCCUGCUGGUUACGGAUGUCAUCCCCGCGGUCUAUUUAGCCGCCUGUGGCCUUGGACUGACUCUCAUUCCGGGACUAAGCUACAUACACAUUCGUGCACCCGGUCGCUGGCGCUCACUCUACAUGGCACUGUGUUAUUUCUGGUUCCUGUCCGGAGUGGCAGCAAUGGCCACUAUUUUCCUGAUCGACCCUAGUGACUCAAAGCUUGAUCAGACGGUGCACACGAACGCUGCUAUCUGCCUGCUCUCUUCAGCUGCUUUUGUAAUUAUUCUGGUGGCAAUUAAUGAAAUGUUGCAGCGCGAGGGAAUCGUAGAAUACAAAAAGCCACUGGAUUUCGACACGGAUAUUGCUCAUGAAAGCGGAAAGCUGAUGGGAACUCGUACGGAGGGUAGAAAUUUGUACAACAACUUUAUCACCUCGUCGCCUGCGACGUUAACGAAUGGUGGGGCAGGACCCAAACAGUGGAAUUCGUCGACGGAGCAGAUCGUUCCGGUGGAUCAUUCGAGGGGAAAAAACUACCACAAGUUGUGGGUGUUUUAUAUGAUCUUUACCAAGCUGCAGGGCUUCAUCGCAUUUUAUUUUAUCUUUGUUGUUUUUGGUAUCGACUUCAGUAUCUUGACGUUCAGUAGCGCUAAUACCGGGUAUUCGAUUUUCUGGUUUAUGACUCUCGGUUCUUUGGUUGGAACCGUUUUCAUGACGAUUCUGUGUAGCAAAAUGGUCUUUCUGGUGGCAUCCAUUCUACACACAAUCGGUCUGAUUUUAGCCGUAUCUUUCUACUCUACUUCGGCAGGAACGAUUCAUAUGGGUGUGUCAAUGAUUGUGUUCUACACCUUUAUAGGAGCAUCGCUGGUAAUUCCAGCAAUCAAUAUCUUGGAGCUUUCUCCUUUAAACUUCAAUGAAACAUUCCUAGCGAUCGGAUCCAUUCUCGAGCUGAUAGGCAUCGCUUUGAUUCAAUACUUUGCCGUCACAGAGGGCGCCAUGCUCGGGAUGGUUCCAAACACGAACAAACUGGCAGAGAAUCACAAGGACGUGAUCGCAGCCCAUUUCAUUGCAAUGAUCGUACUCAGCGUGAUAUUGGCGGUCAUCGUCUUGUGGCACAUGCCGGAUACAUUCAAAAAAUCCCUAGCCGAGAUCCAUUCCGAUAUGGCUCGAAUGACGUCGUAUUUUGCGUUUACCAGAAUGAUGAACCCGAUCGUCGGUACUCAUCACCCAGUUACUCGAGCAUUCAGAGAGAGCAUUACAUCCGAACAACCGGAAGUUGACGAGAAGCAGCUUAGUACACGCAAUGGCCAUCUUGCUGUAGUUUCCCAGUACAACGAUCGUAGCGAUGAUAGUACGGGCAGAAGGAGUCCAUACAAUGAUUUUGUCGAACCAAGAUACAAUCGACGAGCUGUUCCCGAACGAGAUUUCUCCCCGGUAUCGGAUCGUGAUGAUCCUUACCAGCAGGAGCAACUUCGACGUCAACACGAACGAAAUUACAUCCUUUCCCGGCAGCAACAUAACAUGCAACGAGCACGAGAAUCCCCUGAAUCGCCCCAGCACAUUUACCGACCCGAUAGACGCGCCGAAAACCAAUACCAACAGCGUCCCUACAGUGUCCACGUGGACGACUACAAUCACGAACGUCCACGAAGCAGUAACAGUCAAACAAACCGCCAAGGUCCACCGUUGCUCGCUCGGCAGCAAUACUACGAACAGUACAGCCAAGAGCGUCCACAACCACCCCUCCCAAAGCCAUCGCCAAUUCGUCACUCACCGACUCCACCGCCGCCCGUCAGAGAAUCCAACCAACCAUUACCGAUGCUGAUUCACCGUUCACAACCAUCGCAGACCGUUAAGUCAGAACCCGGAUUCGUAUCUCGCCCCCGGCUACAAACGCAAAAAAGUGACGCUCCGGCUCCACCACCUCUACCACCGGCAGACUACCUCACCAAAUCACUACCACGCAUCAAACCCGACCGAGCAUCACGGGAAACCAUCCACCCGGUGCUGGUGCCGAAACCGGCCAAACAGCAGGAAGAGAUCGUCCCAGGUGUGGAGUACACCAGCAAUCUACGACCGUCGGAGUUUCUGCGGCAAAGCCGACAAUCGAUGUUCUUCCGGGAAUCAACGGCGCCGGAUUAAAGUUCGAAAGGUGUGCGAUUCUCGGCCCCAUCGGGGCCGAGCUAGGAUAAGGAUAUUGGUAAAUAAAUGUGGACUGUGUAGGAAUCGA